AUGCACCAGUUGGUGACGGCUUGUCCUCCAUCUUGCAUGGUGUGUACCGGAGAUGUGACCCUCUGUCAUCAGCUAACCUAUAUCCUCAGCAGCCCCCACGAUCACAGGGCUUUGAUCAUCGCCGAUGGACACUUCUCUGUAGAGAGCACCAACCUGUCUCUCUUGUUUAACCUGGCCUUGCUCUCCCUGAGCAGGAACGGCACCAAGGACCUGUGAGAGCACUCCCUAGAUGGGCUGCCUAAGCUGCAGACAUUGUUGCUGGGGCACAACCGCCUAUCCAGCUCUUCCCUGGCUGACCACACCUUCAGCAAGCUCCCCCACCCGCAGGUGCUGGUGCUCAGCAGCAACGCUCUGCGCACCUGGCGAGGAGCCUGGUUCCGUAACACCAGGGUCCUCACCCGGCUCCAUCUGGAUGGCAACCACAUCACUAAUCUCACCAACAGCUCCUUUGGAGGCACAGAUCUCCACAGUCUCAGGCACCUGGAUUUAUCUAACAAUUUCAUCUCCGACAUCGACAAAGAUGCUUUCUGGCCACUGCCUCAACUACAGGUAGUGGAACUUUCUCGAAAUCGGUUGGCCCACAUAGCGGAUGUUUUUACUCCACUGAAGCAGUUAAGUCUUCUGAGCUUAGAUAAGAACCAGUGGAGCUGCACUUGGGAUCUGCAGCCGUUGGUUCACUUUUUAAGAAACUACAUUAAGUCUUCUGCUCACACACUGAGAAACAGCAGAGGCAUAAGCUGCCAGCUGUCCCUUCCGUCUGUGGCCCCCCAGAGUGUGCUGAGAAUGGCUGAGACCAACUGUGAGUCCAGGGCUCCCAACCUCACUCUGGUUCUGAAAGACGGGAGUCCUCUCCUCCCAGGGCAGGAUGUGGCCCUGCUGACGGUGCUUGGCUUUGCAGGAGCUGUUGUCCUCACUUGUCUAGGUUUAGUUGCGUUUAACUGGAAACUCCGGCAAGACAAAGCAAAUGAAUGCACCUCAGAGCACCUUUGCUGCAGAACCUUCGAUGAAUCCCUGUGCACUCAUGAGGCAAGAAAUUACCCCACUAAAGGAUACUGUAACUGCCACUUAACUCAGGAAAACGAGAUAAAGGUCAUGUCCAUUGUGCAGCCCAGAAAGGAAAUGCCACUUUUACAGGAAAACAGCCAGCGAGCAACACUGGCCUCUGAGUCCACAGCCCUUGAUGGAUCAUUUCAAGACCUGAAAGGGAAAGAGAGUGCUUUCUUGUGCCUGGAUAGCAGAUUGCAGCAGGCGGGAUACACAGAGCCUCCUGGGAAAAGGGCAGCUUUUAAUGAUGCAGGUUUAGGUACAAGACAUUGUGCAGAAAGCAUUGAAAAGCUGAGGAGUCUCAAGUACAGAGGAGCCCAAUCUCAAAUACUGCCACAGCUUGUCACAAGAACAAUAGAUAUCAGCAGUGACACAUUUAGGGGAAGACAUGCAGCAUCCGCUUCAGCUUUGGCAACAGAAAAUCUUGAGAAGCAUUUAACAAAUGAACCAUGGCAGCCUCCAAUAGGAACCAAAGACAAUGGCUUACAACCUCACAGUAAGAGACAUUUUAUUACAAGCACAACAUCCAAGCCUUGUGGGUCGGAGGAGCAGUGUGUACAAAAGAUCUUAUACAAACAUAGAUCAAAAUAUGACGAUCCUUAUAGACUGUUAAAAUGGAGCAAGCCUGGGUAUGUUCAGUCAUACAAUGCCCUUUCCUGUAAAUAUGUGCUCUGUGAUCAAUUCCAAGAUUAUAUGAAAGAAAAAAAGCUAAAUUGUACCAAAUCCUCCAAGGGUGAGGAAGAACAAAUCCAAAUUAAUAGUGCAAUAGAAAAAUUCCUUAAGAAUGAAAAUAUCAUAGACUUUUCCAAGUCAUCAAUGAAAGUCAAAGGAAUUUAUUCUCCAAAGAAAGUUAAUUUCUAUGUUCCUGAUGUAGUAGGAAAAAGGAGGUUGGUUGUGUCACCCAGAACAUCGACUCACUGGCACCUGCAGCAAAGUCAUGGAAUGCAACCCCUCAACUGGGACCUCGAAAAGUGUAACAACCGUAGGGACAAAAACAAAGGAGGGAAAUGGUUUCCUGCAUCACAGACUCUGAAAAAGAAGAGAACCAAGAAAGCAGAUCUCAAAAGCAAAGUUAAAGGACAACAUUUAAGGUUAAAAUUAAAUUUACAUCCUUUUAGAAAAGUCAGAGUCCAUCCAGAAAAACCCUUACUAGAGCCCCCAAGGAAACGUAAACAAGUUUCAGUACCUCCUAAAGAAAUACUUAAAACUUCUGAGAAAAAAAGCGCAAUAAAUCUUGUGUCUUCUAUAGAUUUCCCUCAACAGCCAGAGAGUAACCACUGUAUUGAACUCACUUCACAAAGGCUGAGUUGCAAACAGGCCUCAAAGCAGACCUCGUGUUAUAAAAGAAACAGUAAAAGUGCCCCUGCCCUCAGGGCUAGGAUGCUGUUUGCAGGCAAACAGAGCUCUGUCAAGGAAGACUGGUACUACUCUGGGCUUUUCACUAAUGCAGAGGGACCCCUCUUGCCCCAACCUAGAGCUAGAGAUGCUAAGGACAGCCCCUCACACACUCAGUUCUCAGCAAAACCACAGAAAGGUACAACCCAGCUCCUACUGGAAGACCCUAGCUAUUUACCGGAUACUUUAAAAAAUGCAAGAAAUUCCAUUUUACCAUCUCAGCCUUCCAGGGGAACAGGUGGCCACAGGGCAACAGAGCCUACUGAGAACAUAGAGCUAAACAAAUCAAAGACCAAUCAACUAAACCAUUCUUCUCUGUUGCUAAGAGACCAAACACAAACCCUAGGUGUCUGCAAGACUGGCACCUACAACAAAGAACACCUUUUGGAUCAAGAUCAAGCUUUACAACCUGUAGAACACAACUCAGACCAUAGACAUGUUGGAAAUGGACAAACAUCAGUAACAAAGUCUGAAAUAUCACAUCCACUUUUGGAAAGUCCCAUCAUGGAACUUGAAGGAGAUGAUGUAGGAAUGAAUCUGCAUAGCCCAGCAACUUACGAUUCCUCACUCAUUUCCUGGACACAGUCCAAGGACACCUUAACACUUACAAUGACAGAGUCCAUUCCAUACCAAAAUGCAACUGAGCUCCCACAGGAAAGCAGUGCCUCUCAUCCCGGUGGUCAAGCCAUCAGGCGCCCACCCAACAGCAAAAAAGGAUUUGACAGAGCAAAUGUAUUGCCCAGAGAGGAUGACACUGCAGACCUAGAGAUAAACACGGUAGAAAAAGAAGAAGAAAUUAUACUUGAUGAAAGCAAGGCAGAGUCUAGUAUGGUAAUUAGGACCACAGAUCUGGCUUUAACUGAUACCAUGAAAGAAAGACAGCAAACUUGGGAACAUGGAAGAGGUGUGGAACCUGCAUUAUGUGGUUCAGGCUCUGCCAUGGAGGCUACUACAGUGAAGGAUUUGAGUACUGCAAGUUCCCAUGAAGCCAGAAAUGGGAUACUUCCUAGAGAAGUAGAUCCUGAGAUUGAGAGCAAUAGAUAUAAUCUGCAAGAAAUUCAAAAUAUUCAACUAGAUAAAGAUAGCAGUGCACACAGAGAUGGUACAGUGAUAAUGGAGACGCAUGACAUAAGAGAAAUUCAUUUUAAGGUGCAAAAUGAGUUAUCUCUAAUUCAUAACAAAAUAAAUGAAGCUGCAAACUCUUCUCCCAGACCUCAACUCUAUCCACCAUCUGCUGAAUAUGCUGCUGCGUCACCUUUAGAAGCAGAAUGGAGUGAACAAAAUGACUCAAAUAAUCAUUUUCUGCUUUAG